AUGGCCCAUGCUCAAGCAACCACCCAACUCGAUCCUAGGCCGUCCCCCACAGAUGGACCAGGGCUCGGCGAGGUAACACCAUCAGCGUGCUAUGAUGUUUGCCAAAAUGCCUUCACGGUCUUACAACAAAACGGCGGCCUGACGCCCACGCUCUGUGCGGCCACCGGACCUUUCGCCGAAUACGCCCAGUCUUGCUCGAGCUGCUACCGACAAAACGGCGCCACCCUCAACAGCUCAUCCGGAGUCGGCCAGGCCAUCGCCUACUGCGCCGGCGACCUACCAAGUAGCGUCCCCAGCUCUGCGGUCGGGAGCUCGCCUGCUGCUACUACCAACACCGCGAGGACAUCGUACACCAUUCCGACGUCGUGGUUGACACACUCCACGACCCUGUCAGUGAGCACUUUUACGGGGUUGAUUGAGCACGGGACAACGACGAAUCGGGUGUAUACGCUCGUGGUGGAUGUGGUGGUGACGCGCUCGGAUUGGACUGGGUUUAGGACCGCCACGGCCUCGACGGGCAGAGCACCACCACCUACCAGUACCGGUAGUAGAGGGGGUGAGUCCAACUCCGGGGGAAGCCAAGCCUGGAUCGCAGGCCCGGUCAUCGGCGGUGUCGUGGGCCUAGCCGCCAUCGCAGCGGCAACCUACUUCUUGCUCCGCCGUCGCCGUUGCCGCAAGCAAAACAUCAUUGACCACGACCACCCUCAAGAAACAUGGGACGGCAAGCCCGAGCUGCAUGCCGACGACCUCCCGGGACCUCCGAAGCCGUUCGAAGUCUCCGGAGACAGCCGGCUGCCACAGGAGUUGGAUGGGUCGGCAAAGUAUUAUGGCCAUCAACAACGGCCCAGUGAGGGUUGGGGGACGGCGGAGUUGGCGGCGAACGAGACUGCGGCGAGGGAGAUGCACGUGAAAUCGGGGUCGCAGGAGAUGGAGGGGGAAGGGCAUAUCUUGCUGGGCCAAGGGCAUAACCAGCAGGGCCAAGGGCAGGGACAUCCAGGCGGCGGUGUAUGA